AUACGACAAAAAGAGCCGUCAGAAACUCGCCAUUAAACGCAAUCUAUCAGGUUGAAUUUGUAACUGCAACAAAUUGAAUUUCUAACAGCGCCUUGCUUAUUUAUAAUAAAUAAGUAUUCUAGUCGAUGAUGUAACUACCGUGUGAACAGCAUCAUUCUACUACUCCUGGCAUUUCAUUCGCCUUCCAAGUAACCUUUUUAUCUUACAACGUGAUGGCUUUGGAAUGUCGUCCGCGGACAACUCUGACGAAGCAGGAGUUAAUGUGAAGCCGGUAGCGCCUGCAGGGGUCGAGGUCGAACCUCCGAAGCUCUCUACAACUGGGUCUACAUCAACGCUAUUGGGCUCAUUACUCCAACAAAAGAGUGCAAAGACCUCCGAAGCCUCGGGAGGUACCAAUAUCCUUCCCGGCCAAGCUCUAGCUCAGUCAGUCGCAGUGCCAUCAGCGCCACCUGAUACGGGUAGCGCAUUUGCUUUCGCUCUGCGCGGUGAGGUAAUGACAUCGAACGGGAAAACAGGAUUUGAUCCAGCAGGUGCCGUGUCCUCCGGUGUUGCGAACCCGAUUGCUCCGGGAAAUAUACCUCCAAACAACCAGAUUCCUAAUACGUCGGGAGUUCAGCAGCCACAAGCAGUGGGAACAAACGCUAGUCCUAGUGCAACUAACUUUCCGACUGCAGCUCCUAGUGCAACACCUGGUGUAGGUGUAAUACAGCAACAGGCGCCAGCGCAGCCUCUACCAGUGCCAGGAACCGGGCAGCCAGGUUUCGGAAACGCUGUAGCAUCGCCAACUACUUCUGGUGUGACAGACCCUGCAGCCGCGAUUCUACAACAGCCGAUAACCGGAACGACAUAUCAACAACCUCAAGCGACUACAGUUAUGAAAAUGAAAAUUAGACCUAGAGGCAGCAUAUGCUUCACUAUAUAUGCAUGGUGUUGUUUCGAGUCUCUAAAGGUGAGCGUCAGAUAAAUAACGUUAGAAAAUAGAUGAACUUGUUCUUUUUUGUAUGUUGCUUUUGUCUGGCAUCUCGAAAGAUCGAGGACGAAAAGCCUUGCUCCUUCUCCGCACCUUCUAACAAAACUGGUGAUCUCACGACAGGUUAUCAACACCAAGGCACGAUGUAUGGACAGCAACCGAUGGGCGGGUAUCCUGGCCAGCCAGGGAUGAUGAAUAGCAUGAACCCUUACGCGACGGGCAACCCGAAUAUGAUGCAAAACGGAGGUAUGCCCCAGCAGCCCGGUGCAAUGCAGCAGGCGGCCAAAGUGCCUCUGCGCGAGGAUCAUGUGAGGAGAGGAGUGGGAUUCAUCAAGAGUGAACAUUUGCAGGAAGGUGGUCGUAGUGUUGUCGCCGAUGGGAGAAUUCGGACAUUUCUGCUCGAGAAAGGUCUGACUGAUGAGGAGGUAACCGAAUUAAGGUUUUCCGAAUUACAUCCCUCACUACCAUCCUAUCCUUGGCUCCUUUUCAAGGGGGAAAUAGGUCAAGAAUGUUCUGAAGAAUGCAACUCGGCAACCUCUAACUGAAGCCUUUAACCGACACGCUGGCGUAGAUGGGGAUGCUGCAGGACGGCCGAGCUCGAGUACUGCAGGCGGCGCGUCAAGAAGUAUGCGAAAGCGAUAAAGCCAUCCCUUAAAUUUACUCUCACAGUUAUUGUUUCGUUUCCUCUAGUCAUACAAGACCGAACUAAAUCCACUAUGCUCAUGCGGUUCCCUUCCCUCUAGUCAAAGUCAUGCAAGAGCAAGCUUCCCUUUUCCUCUAGUCAUACAAAAGCGCGCUUUAGAAGCUGCUUGGGGAGGAGUGGCACCACCGCCGCCAUCGGAAUCGCCAAGCACUUUGAGUCUACUUUUGCAGGCCACGGGCGCCGCGGCAAUAGGGGCAGCAGGAUAUGCCUGGCUCGUUGCAAAUAGCAAAACUGUCUAUGAAUGGACAGGGUUUAAUAUAGGGAUUGGGGGAGAUGGUAUUUUUUAGGACGUUCUCACUCUGCUGCUUUCUGUGUCGAUGAAACUUCAACAAGUAAACAUAUUUAUGGCAUAGCGGUCCUUCCAAAAACAAGACGCGAUCUCCUCAUUUUUAACAUGCAGACUCCCUGAGCAACAGCAUGGACAAUUUCUGCACACAGGUUCACUCAGCAACAGCGUUUCAAACGAGGAGACAAUGGCAGCCAUGCGAUUGAAUAUGCAAGCCCAGAGUGAGACGUUGGAUGAGUUGCGAAAGCGAGUAGACCGGUUUUCGGAAAGCUAUGAGCGGAUUGCAGCAGAGCUGGACACGCGGCAUGGUGAGAUGCUGCAGACGGUUUCAGCACUAACCGAUCGCAGGAAUGAGGAUGAUUAAGGGAUCCAUAGAUAUGGUGACUCCUUUUAACAAUAUUAGUCAGCGACGGCCACAGACCAAGAAGCCCAGGCCCAACCAAUCGCGCAAACCUUUUACAUUUCAGACGAUAGAGCACCUCACGGCUACCGUGAAGGGAUGCAGGAAGGGCUUGGACUGCGCUCGCUGCUGUCAGUAAUUUCGGCGCUGCGUGGGAUGGCGACGGGGGGCGAGGACGUCUGGGAGACGUGCGACAGCCGAACGGAGCGAGCGCACACGUGGCCAAAUCGGACGGCAGAGUUUAGCUGAUAGGCUCGGGCCGAACCUUGGGGCCUGGGGAUAGCGGACAUUUGCCGGCAAUAUUCAGCGGGUUGCCAAGUGACUACAGAAGCUGCCGCUGCGCUUACUUUGACGAGCAUCGCUCUGCGGCGCCUCUUUUGCCAGUACCAACCCGCAAGAGAGUCCGCGGGCCGUAUAAUGCUGCGCGCCCUUCGUUCACCCAGGAACGAGCAGCAGCAGCAGGAAAAAGAGGCGCCGCUUUAAGCUUAGCCCAAGCGCGGGCCGAUUCUCUUCGUCUGCGGGGGCUCUCACUGGGUUAGCGCAGGCGAUGCGAAGAAGACAAGCAGCAGACAUGCGAGGGGGCUAACUUCGAAGGAGCUACGGGCGCAGCUGCUUGGGGCUGGUUUUGGUGCAGUCUUGGGCCUUUUCUGUUUCUUUCUCGCGCUGUUUGGGUUGAAACAGUGAUCAGCUGGGGUGAAGGCUGCGAAAGUGCCACCGAGUCGGUAGGGGGAAGGUUUGGCGACGGGGAGGCGGCUCGAAAUGGGCCAGUGGGUGGGGCGGCUGGGGUGUCAAACUUGCGGGGAACGUGAGGGGGCGCAGGUGUCUGCUGUGUCUAAGCGGAGGCAGGUGAUGGGCAGAAAGAUGGAAGAAAACUGCGGAACCAGCGGCGGGGGCUCUGCGGGUGAUGCCUCCCUCUGUUGGUUGGUGAACUCGCCAUAGCUUUGGGCCCAUUUUAGAAAGGUGCGGCAAAGUAUGGCCAGGUGCUGGCAUCGGGAGUCGUCAAGCAUGACGCCGCAGCAGUAUCUCAGGGCUAGCUUUAGCGGUGCAUAUUAAGAAAGUAAGUGACCCCAUGGCUCGUAUCUGCUUGCCGCCCACUUAGUUGGUGCGUGUUUUGCUGCUUGUGUGUGGCUUUAUUUUCGGGCGCAUUUUUUCUCCGGUCGUCGUGAGAGAUGGCCUGACAGAGUAUAGUAAUAGCGGAGCACUUCGUUGGUUAUCCACAUAUUUUUUUGAACUAGCCUCUGGUCGUCCACUGAGAUUGACUAGGCUCUCCACCCUAGAACAGGUAGAGUGCAUGAAGAGCGUAACUACUUCCCACCCAUCCCGAAGUAGAUCCUUCUAAUUUCGAACGCGAGCCAGCGAUGCACUAGCAGCGUUGCGGAAUUUUGAAAAGACGACAGCGCGAAAAUUGGACGAACUGCUAAAACAGACAGCGGUAUAAUUCCAUUUAACUGUGUAGCCUUUAGAGCUCCACAAGCUACUACAAAUGAAAACCAUGAUAUUGACUCCAUUCUUUAAUUUAUAGAAUUCCAUGUCAAACUCAAAAAUAUAGCCAGCCAGGCUAAUCAAUUACGUUCACAAAUGAACAAACUCGUCGGAAUUUCUGAAAAUCAAGUUUUGAAUCUUGUACAGGCUUCUGCCAGAGGCGAUGGAGAUGCUACUCCAGCGAGAAGUGAUGCAGCAGCAAGCGAUCCGCGGUUAUCGCCAGUAGCAGAGCAAGCCGGAUCAAACGGAUUGAGAGUCCCAGUUGAACAGAGGUCGGGCAAACAACAACAGGUUUCGAUUUGCUUUAUGUUUAUCUUUCCGUGGAACUUAACUGCUAUGUAUUUUUGAGGUCAGACAGUUCUUUUUGGUAUAAUCUAAGUGCUGUCCUCUGACACAGAACUGAACAAAUCAUUGACGUCCUUAAUAUCCGAUCGAAAUCUUUCCACUUACCUAGUUGUACCUGCACCUGACACAGGCCACCUCCGCAGAAUCUUUUUCAUCAGCAGAGAGUGCUUCUUCCGGUCGUGGAGAUGCGUCAUGGAAGGCUGAAGUGCGAGGACGCUUAGUUGGCCUCACUGCAACCUAUCAAACUCGUCAGGAAGCUGAAAAAAUGCUGAACAUGCUUUUUCUCAUCGUCAACAACUUGAAGCGCAAUGCUUCCCAGGAAAAGUAUAGGAAGGUACUCUUAUGUAUUCCCGUCUUUUUGAGCAAUACUCUUGUCGAGCCAACAUACGGAGAUUUUCCUCAAGAUACAAUUUAGAUUCUUCUACUAGGCAGUACUGGAAGAAGAUGAUACGGAACCAACUUCUACAACAGGAGGACUGGCACGCGUUCGCCAUUCCUUGUACAACAACAUGAACUCUUCACACUUGUACGUAGGUAAACCCCUACCCCAGUUCCUCGUCUCAGUACUACGCUAUGAAGGCACAAUGACAGGUAAACCCCAGUUCCUCCCAGUACAAGACUCGGUUAGGGGAUAGAGCGGAAGUAACGGAAUUUUUGGAGUAUGUGGGAUUUGUGCGAAAAGAAAAAAUCUACGUUUGGGAGAUGAAUGCAGAGCAGCAACAAGAGUUAGCGGCGACGGAUAAAUUGCCUAUGAAAGAGGGAGUAUGUCCUGCCCACCUUGCGGCCGAUACGAUAAGUACUCUCUCAUUCAAUCGAGGAACAUGUUUGUUACAGUUUCUUUCUCCGAUGAAUUGGUGACUAGAAGUUUGUAGAUUUGCAGUUCAACUCCAAGUUUUCUUACUCGUCAAAAAAUUGGAAUUUCAAUAGAAUUGAAUUCUCCAUCCUACAGCCGAAGCCCUAGCAUCUAUGAAGGAUAUCUGGCGAGAGGCGCAAGAUCUUGCAGGGACGAAAGAUGCUGAAGGUAUUAUUUUCAUUCCCCGGAUACGGGUCACUUUUUUCUGCAACCAGUCCUAAGAACCAUGAUAACCUCCUUAAUAAAAUGGCGUAUUGGAGAGUGGAGAUCGGCUUGUCAAUCAGGUACCCCCUCAUCAUCUGCCGCAGCAGUGGACGCUACCAGUGUCGCUGAGGACGGAGGGGCCGCGGCCGUUGAGCAACGUCAACCGAAGAUUCGAGACCUGUUGGCGGAAGCAGAGGCAGAACAAGACGGAGAUGCCAAGGCAUAGCCUAAGUUGUAAAUUGGAAUUUUUAAUUUUUUUGUUGAAGGUAUCAAAGGAUGAGGAGGUGAAAACAGACGCUUCUCUUUCAGACUGCCAAAAGAGAUAUAACAAGGCGUGGCGCUUUUGGUCAAGAUGAACCAACGGUAAAAAGCUAUGAAAAGGACUCCAUAGCCUGGUGCACAUCCACAACUACCUGAAAAAAAUUAAAGCAUACUAGAAAUGAGGAACAACUAUAAAUAUGUCUUGUAGAAAAGGUCAUUGCAGCAGUAUCCUAAGCGAUACUAGGAAAAGACACCAAUGAAUCUUGAAAUAAGCCAAAAACUAGCAAAGAAAUGUUGAUAUUAUAGCCACAACUAUCAGAUUGGUGCAAGUGGACAUACUCAUACAUCUGGAACAACGCGGACUUGAGAGAUUAUUCUGUAUCUGUCAUCCGAAGAAUGCUGCUAUCAAUCUUCGUAU